AUGGGGUUGAUCAAUCCAAACAUUCAUUUUGGUACAAACAUUCAAUGGGCUAGAGUACAUGAAUAUUAUGAGCAAAACAAGAAACUCAGAUCUUGUGAACGUAGUUUAAGCUCUCUCACAAAUAGAUGGUCAACCAUCCAACAUGCUACAAAUAAGUUUUGUGGGGCCUUAGCUCAAAUCGAAGGAAGGUCUCCAAGUGGGGUUACCGAGCAAGAUAAGAUUGAGCAAGCAAAGAAGCUCUAUCGAAGUAACCAGUCCGCAACAUUCAACUUCCUUUAUUGUUGGACUAUUCUAAGGCACCAUCCAAAAUGGAAACAAACUGUGGCUGAGCGCAGUGUGAAAACUAAGAGAAGAUCAGUAACCCCAGAUGCUCAUGUGCCAGAGUUUAUAUCUAUAGAUGAAGACACCAUAUCUCCAUCUAUAGAUGUGAAUCUGGAGAGACCCAUUGGUAAGAAGGCUAAAAAAAAGCGAAAGAGGCAAGAUAGUAUCUCUUCCAAUCUUGCUGACUUGGUGACUGAAAUGAGAGAGGAGAAGAAGAGAGCAAAUGCUGAGAAGGGAGAAGAUAGGAAAGAGCUUAUCCGCCUUAUAAAAGAAAGGCUUAAUUUGGAUCAACGGAGAGAAGAUAAGGAAUUUAUGAGGAUAGACAUCUCAAGUUUGCCUCCAAUGCAACAAGAAUAUUUCCGUAACCUCCAAUUGGAAAUACUUGAGAAGCAAAGGUCUACAAAGCCAUGA